AUGGAUCCUGUCGUGACCAGCAGCAGCAGGAGGAGGAGAGGAGGCUGCGGCUGCAAGGAGGGCUGCCAUGGCCACUGCCUACCUCCUCACUCUGCCAAAUGCCUCUGCCUCUACCUGCUGCUCGCGCUGAUCCUCCUCGUCCUCGUCGCGGCCGUGCUGCUCGUCGUCUUCGUCACGAGGCUCAAGAAGCCGACCUUCUACCUGCAGUCCGUCCAGAUGGACAGGUCGUUCAGCCUCCGGCCGUCGUCGUCCAACCGCAGCGGCGACAACGGGACGUCGUCGUCGUCGUGCUCGGUGGCGUCGCUGCUGUUCGCGGCGCAGAACCCGAACAGGAUCGGGAUAAGGUACAGCGCGGCGGACCUCGGCGUGGCCUACGCGAACGAGUCGGUCGGCGCCAUGGACGUGCCGGUGUUCUACCAGCCGACGCGGAGCAGCAACGUGACGGUGCUCAUGAACGCCGUGUUCGAGGAGUCCAACGUCAGCCGGCUCGUCGUCAGCGAGCUGUCGGCGCAGAGGAAGCUCGUCGAGAUCAGGAUCGCCGGGAGCAUCGACGCCACCACGCACAUCAUGAACUUCCCUCUGCCAAAGUUUCACUUUACGCUCGAUUGCAGAAUAGCAACCAACUACACCGACAUAGUGCUCCGGGAAGGGAUCGAGUCUGCAACUAUACGCAAGGUAUUUGUUGACUGAUAGUUUCUAACUAACAU